AGGAUUUCUGAUUUUCUCACAUCAAAACCAUUGUUGCGAAGGACCGAAAUCGGAAAUCGUAAGCGUCUCAUCCUGCACUCUUCUGAGUUUCUCAGCUUUUCUCCCUCGCUGUCCUCGCUGUUGACACACAAAAGAACUUGUACAUUCAGUUGACGUGUUCACCGACCAAAAUGGGUGAUGAAACUGUCGUAGCACCAAAUCCAUCUGUUAUGGAUUACUCAUCUACGGGCUUUGCGCCAACUAGUUACACCAACUCUGGUUCAAACGCUGUUCCUGAUGGUGAUGUUUUUUCGUUCGGGGGUGCUGCGGAUUCAACUGCUUCUAACAUUAAAAAAGAUGCGCCUAAUCCUGUCCCAGAUGGUCCUGAUUCAGGUGAUAGAACUUUAAACAAUAUGGAUAGUUCUGUUAUGCAAGACACACCUGUCUCCUCAACGCAUGGGGCUAUUGGUGCUCCUGCUACUACUGAGAAUGCUGUCACCCAGGAAAACUCAGAAGAAAAAUUCAAUGAAGCUGUUUCUUAUGGUUCUUCUGCAAAUGCUAAUGGCAUUACUGACAUGAGAAAUUACACUCCUGCUGGAACUGGUGAAAAUGGAAAUGCUUCAAAUGAUGUUCUGGGAGCUGCUACUGAGCAACAGUUUGAGGAGGCUCCUGCAGCUUCUACGGAAGAAGAACGGCUGUGGAGCAUUGUGAAGACUAAUUCAUUAGAUUUCAAUGCCUGGACUGCUGUUAUUGAGGAGACAGAGAAGGUGGCAGAGGAUAACAUAUCAAAAAUCCGGAAAGUCUAUGAUACUUUCUUAGCAGAGUUCCCUUUGUGUUAUGGUUACUGGAAGAAAUAUGCAGAUCAUGAGGGGCGUCUGUGUUCUAUUGAGAAAGUUGUGGAGGUAUAUGAGCGAGCAGUUGAGGCUGUCACAUAUUCCGUGGACAUUUGGUUGCAUUAUUGUAUUUUUGCUAUAUCAACAUAUGGAGAUCCAGAUGCCAUUCGAAGGUUGUUUGAACGUGGAUUGGCUUAUGUUGGGACAGAUUAUUUGUCCCACUCACUUUGGGAUAAAUAUAUUGAGUAUGAAUACUCACAACAGGAGUGGAGCCGCCUUGCUAUGAUUUACACAAGGAUUUUAGAGAAUCCUAAUCAACAGUUGGAUCGCUAUUUUAACAGUUUCAAGGAGUUGGCUGGAAGUCGUCCUUUAUCUGAACUACGAACUGCUGAGGAAGCAGCUGCUGUUGCAGCUGCAAAUGUGGAAGCUAGUGGUGGAGCCGACGAGGUUCGUCCUGAUGGAGUGGAACAAUCUACUAAACCUGUAAGUGCAGGAUUAUCAGAAGCAGAGGAGUUGGAGAAGUAUAUCGCCAUUAGAGAAGAGAUGUAUAAGAAAGCUAAAGAGUACGAUUCUAAGAUCAUUGGUUUUGAAACAGCUAUUAGGAGGCCUUACUUUCAUGUACGGCCACUCAUUGGUGCAGAGCUUGAAAACUGGCAUAACUAUCUGGAUUUUAUUGAACAGCAGGAAGACUUUAACAAGGUUGUCAAGCUAUAUGAGAGAUGCUUAAUUGCCUGUGCCAAUUAUCCUGAGUAUUGGAUACGGUAUGUUUUAUGCAUGGAAGGCAGUGGAAGUAUGGAUCUUGCAAAUAAUGCACUUGCUCGGGCUACACAAGUCUUUGUCAAGAGACAACCAGAAAUUCACCUUUUUGCUGCUAGAUUUAAGGAGCAGCAUGGGGACAUUCCAGGAGCUCGUGCUGCGUAUCAACUUGUACAUUCUGGAAUUUCACCUGGUCUCCUUGAAGCUGUCAUUAAGCAUGCAAACAUGGAACAUAGACUAGGAAAUAUGGAAGAUGCCCUGACAUUAUAUGAGCAAGCCAUUGCCACUGAAAAAGGAAAGGAGCAAUCUCAAACAUUACCUAUGCUAUUUGUUCAGUACUCACGGUUUUCUUUCUUGGUUGGUGGGGAUGCUGAAAAAGCUAGAGGAAUUCUAAUCGAAGCCCUUGAGCAUGUGCAACUGUCAAAACCGCUUUUGGAGGCUUUAAUCCAUCUGGAGACUAUACAGUCAGCCCCAAAGCGCAUUGAUUAUUUAGAUUCAUUAGUGGAGAAGUUCGUUGUGCCUAGCCCUGAUAAUCCCAAUGCUGCAAGUACUGCUGAUAGAGAAGAGAUAUCUAGCAUUUACUUGGAGUUCUUGGAUCUCUUUGGGGAUGCAACAUCGAUCAAGAAGGCUGAUGAUCGGCAUGCAAAGCUCUUUUUGCGCCACAGGAAUACAUCAGAGUUGAAAAAACGGAGUGCCGAGGAUUUUCUAGCAUCAGACAAGGCAAAGCUCAACAAGUCUUAUGCUGGUGUUUCCUCUUCAGCACAAUCACUGAUGGGCUCAUACCCAAGUGCUCAGAAUCAGUGGGCUGCUGGAUAUGGGUUACAGCCUCAAGCUUGGCAACAAGCUCCACAGGCACAGGGGCAACAGUGGAAUCCUGGCUAUGGUCAACAGGCUGGAUAUGCUGCAUAUGGUGGUUAUGUUAACAGUUAUACUCAUCAGCAGACUCCAACUUCGGCACCGCAGAGUGCUGCUGCUUAUGGUACUUAUCCUUCAUCGUAUCCUGUCCAGCAGACUUUUCCACAGCAGAGCUAUCAACCAGGCACGGCAGCAUCUUUUGCUCCGGCUCAGCAACAGGCUCCAGUCCAGCAGGCCUACUAUGGGACUUAUUAUUGAGUACACAAGCUUAUCCUUGCCCAAUUUUGCAACCACUUGUAAAUUAGGUUUAUACUUACCAUAGAAAUUAGGAAUGAGGUGUAAACCCUGGGUUUUAGAACUUGGAUCAGGGUUGGCUGAAUGUACUGACUAACCUCAAAAGGUGCAUUGUAAUGGAAUUGCAUUUUAGAUACAAAUCUCUUGAUUCAUUUCUAUA